UUCAUUGCAUCCAUCAAUUACCCCUUUCUCUCCACUCCACUCCACCAUGGCUAUGAAGCUCUUCCUUUUCACUCUCCUUGCAGCAUGGGCCAUGACAACAUCAACAAUGGCUUCUGCACCGUCAGCAGAACCAACUCCGAGCCUAGCCGAGCGGUUACAGUCCAACGAAUCAUCGAAAUGCUGGGACUCAAUGCUUGAGAUCAACUCAUGCAUUGGAGAGUUCAUCAUGUUCUUUCUCAAUGGUGAGACCUACAUUGGUCCUGGAUGUUGCCAAGCCAUUCGAACCAUCAUGCAUGAAUGCCGACCCUCCAUGCUUAAUACCUUAGGGUUUACUUCGGAGGAGAGUCAUGUGCUUGAUGACUACUGUGAAGGCGCGGAGGAUGUGAUUCCACCACCACCAUCGUCUACUAUGAUUCCAUUAAUGGAGGAUUUGAAUCAUUAGGGGGUUAUUUGGGCAUGGUGGUUGGUUCUAUUGUGUUUUUGCCACUAUCACUAUUGUUAAAUGCUGAUAGAGAUAUAUGAACUUUGUUUAUGUGGUCUAUGUUUUGCUAAGUUUGGUUAUAAUUGAGAGUCCAUGAAAUGAGAUUUAUGAACUAUUUGCAUAUGUAGUGAUUCAAUU